AUGUUACAGUCACAGAAACAGCACCUACACCUUUCCUCCAGUCAGGAGUCAGAAGUGGAGCUGAGAGUCAGACCAGGAACCAACGUCACUCUCUACUGUGACUGCACAACAUCUCCUGGAAUUGACAUCCGAUGGUACAGAAACUGCUCUCACGAGUACCAGCCUCCUCUUGUUAUUUCAACUUAUAACUCAGCUGCAAAAUAUCUCCCUCGUUUCAUUCCGGAGUGGGACUUCUCCCAGAACGUCUAUGAUCUUCUGUUUGAGAACAUCACUGAAUCUGACCUGGGACUCUACUACUGUGGGACUGUGGAGUACAAGGUGAAACAGGGUAAAGAUGGUACAUCAUAUUCAAAAGAAAUCUAUCGCUAUGGAAAUGUCACCACAAGACUUUCAUUUGGUGCUGUUUCCUCCAGUCAGGAUGGGAUCUCUGCAGCAGAGGUGGAGCUGAGAGUCAGACCAGGAGACAACAUCACUCUCUACUGUGACUGUAACAUAACUAGUGGAGUUUACAUUAUGUGGUUCAGGAAUUGUUCUCAUGAGCACCAGCCUACUCUUACGAUCUCCGUUUACAACUACUUCCUCAAUCCUUUUCCUCGCUUCACUCCGGUGUGGAACCCCUCUAACAAGUCCUAUGAUCUACUGAUUGAGAACAUCACUGAGUCUGACCUGGGACUCUACUACUGUGGGACUG